CUUCCUCUGUCUUGCAGACAAAGCUUCUCGGUUCUUUUCCCCUCGCUCUCUCGGAGAAUAGCAACGAACAAACGAUCAGAGUAAGGUCAAAAAUCCCAAAAUGAGCCGUGGAAGCGGAGCAGGCUACGAUCGCCACAUCACGAUCUUCUCUCCCGAAGGACGCCUCUUCCAAGUCGAGUAUGCUUUCAAGGCCGUGAAGUCGGCUGGAAUCACCUCGAUUGGGGUGCGCGGAAAGGACUCCGUCUGUGUCGUCACCCAAAAGAAAGUUCCGGACAAGCUUUUGGAUCAGACUAGUGUCACUCACCUGUUCCCUAUUACCAAGUACCUUGGACUGUUGGCUACCGGCAUGACAGCUGAUGCAAGGUCAUUGGUCCAACAAGCAAGGAAUGAAGCAGCAGAGUUUCGUUUCAGAUAUGGUUAUGAAAUGCCUGUGGAUGUCUUGGCCAGAUGGAUUGCAGACAAAUCUCAAAUUUAUACUCAACAUGCGUAUAUGAGACCCCUUGGAGUAGUUGCUAUGGUUUUGGGCAUUGAUGAGGAGAGGGGGCCUCAGCUCUUCAAAUGUGAUCCAGCUGGACAUUUUUAUGGGCACAAGGCAACAAGUGCUGGAUUAAAAGAACAAGAGGCUAUUAAUUUUUUGGAGAAGAAAAUGAAAAAUGAUCCUGCUUUUUCGUAUGAGGAAACAGUACAGACUGCUAUUUCUGCACUGCAAUCUGUACUACAAGAAGAUUUCAAGGCUACUGAAAUUGAGGUUGGAGUUGUGAGGGGAGAAAAUCCUGUCUUCAGAGUAUUGUCAACAGAGGAAAUUGACGAGCACUUGGUUGCCAUAAGCGAGCGAGACUAAUUGAUGAGGACUAAGAACAGGCACUGGUUGAAGUUGUGUUUAUUUGGAACCAUCAUGAUAUGCUUUAAUUGAUUUAUGGAUUUGAGAGAGGAGGAUAGUUGAUGUGUUUCAAAUUAUCAAACUGUGGACCUACAUUUCAGAACAACUGUUCCCAGGCUUACCUGCCUGAGAGGUUUAUGGGAUGAGUAAUUUUUUGUAUGCUUCA